AAACUGCAGUUUUGCAUUUUUAUUUCUGCCGCGGAUGCUGUCGAUUAAAAUUGCGGAUAAAUUUGUAAUCGAAGUGGUUUUUGGUGAUUUUUAAAGGCGCCACAAUGAGCGACGGCGACAAAACCAUGUACGGCACAACGCUGUCGCUGGAAUCGAUCAAGGUAAUCGCGGAAAGCAUCGGCGUCGGGAGCUUGCCGGAUGAUGCCGCCAAGGAGCUGGCGGACGAUGUGUCCAUCAAGCUGAAGCAGAUUGUGCAGGACGCGGCCAAGUUUAUGCACCACUCGAAGCGAAUGAAGAUGUCGAUCGCCGACAUUGACCACUCGCUGAAGGUGCGGAACAUUGAGCCGCAGUACGGGUUCGUUUCGCCGGAUUUUAUUCCGUUCCGGUUUGCUUCCGGGGGUGGGCGGGAGUUGCACUUUAUUGAGGAGAAGGAGAUUGACUUGGCGGAGGUGAUUCAGACGGCGCCACCAAAAAUUCCGCUGGAUAUAACGCUGAGGGCACAUUGGCUGUGUGUGGACGGAGUGCAGCCGACGAUUCCGGAGAAUCCGCCGCCGCUGUCAAAGGAUGUUCAGGCGUUGGACUCGGUCAAUCCGGUGAAUAAGCUGGACAAGGCGCACAUUAAGGACACGACGGGAAAGCCCGCGAUAGGGAAGGCUCACAAGCUGAAGAACGUGGAAACGGUCCACGUGAAGCAGCUGGCCACGCACGAAUUGUCCGUAGAGCAGCAGUUGUACUACAAGGAGAUUACCGAGGCGUGCGUCGGAUCGGACGAAGCUAGGAGGGCCGAAGCGCUUACCUCGCUGGCGUGCGAUCCGGGACUGCACGAGAUGUUGCCGAGGAUGUGCACCUUCAUUGCCGAGGGCGUGAAGGUCAACGUGGUCCAGAACAAUCUGGCGCUGUUGAUUUACCUGAUGCGGAUGGUGCGAGCCCUGCUGGACAAUCCGGCGCUGUAUCUGGAGAAAUAUCUUCACGAACUGAUCCCAUCCGUCUCGACAUGCAUCGUUUCACGCCAGCUGUGCAUGCGCCCCGAACUGGACAACCACUGGGCGCUGCGCGACUUUGCCGCCCGACUGAUGGCCCAAAUUUGCAAAAAUUUCAACACUUCUACUAACAAUCUUCAGACGCGCGUUACGCGACUCUUCAGCGCCGCCCUGCAAAACGACAAAACUCCCCUUUCGUCGCUGUACGGCGCCCUCGAGGGACUCUCGGAGCUGGGAACGGAAGUGAUCAAGGUGUUUAUCAUCCCUCGGUUGCGCUUCAUCUCGGACCGGGUUGAGGUGCACCUGCAGGGAAGCAACAUCAGCGCGGUGGACAAGAUUGCGGCCGGUCACAUCCGGGCCAUGCUGCAGAAGGUUUGCUCACCGGUGCUGAAAACGCUCCGCAAUCCACCGGACGUUGUCGAGGAAUACAAGAAAGAUUACGGCUUCCUCGGUCCAACCAUCCACCAGGGUGUGAUCAAGGCACGGACGGCACCUCCGACGGCCACAACCUGUACCAGCAGCAGCAGCGUGUCCGUGAACAACGUUUCGAUCGUGACCACUGCGGCCGCCACCCCCGCACGUCCACAGACUCCGCUGAUAAGCUCGGUUGUCAACAAACCGUCCGGUUCGGGAGCCUUCCAGCGACAGUCAUCGUCCCAGGGUGGUUCCUCAGCCAGCGGCCAGCAAAAGUUCGUCAUCGUUUCCCAACGCCAGCAGACGCCGUCGCCGUCGCAGGACGACUUUGUCGGGAUCAUCCAGCAAAGUCAGCGCUCCAGCGUGGGUGGAUCCUCCCAGCAGGGACUCAUCAAGAUCGAGCCCCAGUCGGGUGCCGCCGCCGUCGCCGCCCAGAAGCUGGUCGUAAUCAACCAGUCGACGCCGCAGCAGGGCCCGGCGGCGAAUGUCAUCACCAUCGGGGGCACCCAGACGGGACCGCCGCCCGAGCUGGACGAUUUGUCGCAUUUGGCAUAAGCAGGGCAGCGAAGCAUUUAAUCGUAAGUUUUUUUGUGUCGUGUAUUUUUUCCCUCUUCGUCGGUAGAUUUAAGAUAGAUUUUUAUCGGAUGGAAUAUAACUUUCGUAUUCAA